GAAGCUCGCUCGUACUCCCAUGGAGUUCUUUGACGAAGAAAGCAGACCCAGAUUCCUCCUUCAAUCCCGAUCAAUCCCCAAACCUACAGAAAACCAAUUGCCCCUCGAUGAUCUCCACAAACCUACUCUCUUUGUUUCUCUUUCGCUAUCUGCACUGCUCUUAACUCUCGCCCUCUUCUACUUUCAGUCCGAUCCUCUCCAAUCUAUCUUCAUCUGGUUCUCAUUAUCUCUCCUCGUCGGCCCCUUCGCCCCUCCCUCCCUCACCGCCGGCGACAUCCGGGUCGGUCUUGGUCCGGCUCUCCAACCACAAUCUCCUCGACAAAACCAAGAAUCCGACCCACCAAAAAGGUCCAGAUUCAAGCCAAAAAAACCCGAUCAAGAUCACCAAGAGCCAAGUUUCAAUCCGAUUCCCUCUGUCGUCGUAAAGGAAACCCCAAAGCCAGGUAACAAGACCGAUAACGAUAGUAUCGUGGUGGAAGACAAGGAUUGGACUGAAGGAGAUCUGGAAUUGUUGAAGAAGCAAAUAGCGAAGCAUCCCGUAGGGAUGCCAGGGCGUUGGGACGCGGUGGCGGAGGCGUUUUCAGGGAGGCAUAAGGUUGAAAAUGUGGUGAAGAUGGCUAAAUCUAUGGGAGAAAGGAAAAUGGGCGAUUCAGAUUCAUUUUCACGGUUUCUGAAAGAUAGGAAGGCAGUGGACAAGAGGGUCGAUGAGGUUAUAGAGAAUGAGAGGGAGAUGGCGAGCGGUGGUGGAAGUUGGAGCUCUGCAGAAGAUAUUGCUCUGCUCAAUGCUUUAAAAGCUUUCCCUAAAGAUGUGGCAAUGAGGUGGGAGAAGAUCACUGCUGCUGUGCCUGGAAGAUCAAAGGGGGCUUGCAUGAAGAGGGUUGCUGAUCUUAAAAAAGAUUUUCGAAGUUCGAAAACUUCUUCUGAGGCUUAAUCAUUCAUGGGUUCUUUAAUCAAUAGGUAAUUAUUGUAUCAAUCGACCAUUACCAUUUGAUUCUAUGCAUUUUUGGUUCUCAUAUUUGAAUGUAUUUGAUUUCUUUACUAAUAACAUUACAUGUGGGUUUGAAUGAUAUGAUCCAUAAUUACAUUUGGAUUUGAGUUU